CCCCACAACAAUCAACAACACCAUGGAGUCCCUUCACUGGAUUGUUUGUCUCUUAGCCGGCGCAGUCCUCCUCAUCUCCACCCUCCUCCGGCACCGCCGCCGUAAGAACCUUUCAUUGCCGCCAGGGCCUAAACCCUGGCCCAUAAUCGGAAACCUAAACCUCAUUGGCCCCCUUCCCCACCACUCCAUCCACGAACUCACCCUUAAGUACGGACCCAUUAUGCAGCUGAAGUUCGGUUCUUUUCCUGUGGUGGUUGGCUCCACGGUCGAGAUGGCUAAGGUUUUCCUAAAGACCAUGGAUGCCAAUUUCGCCGGCCGACCAAAGCUUGCUGCAGGAAAGUACACCACCUACAAUUACUCCAACAUUAUAUGGUCCCCUUAUGGGUCAUAUUGGCAGCAGUUGCGUAAGAUGUGUCUCAUGGAGCUUUUCAGCCCCAGGCGGCUCAAUUCGUACGAGUUCAUCCGAGUCCAAGAGUUGAACAUGUUGCUUAUAGACCUAUUUAACUCAGCUGGAGCCCCGAUCACGCUCAAAGAUCAUUUGAGUACAUUGAGUUAUAAUAUUAUCAGCAGAAUGGUUCUUGGAAAAAGGUAUCUAGAUAAAGACGUAUCGGCAUCAGAAUUCAAAGAGAUGUUGGAGGAGUUGUUCUUGCUAAACGGGGUAUUCACUAUCGGAGAUUCAAUACCUUGGUUGUCCUUCUUGGAUUUGGACGGAUACAUCAAAAGAAUGAAGGUCGUGGCCAAGAAAUUCGACAAAUUCCUAGAGAACGUGAUUGACAAGCACAUCGCAAGGAAGUCCACCUACCAGGAAAAUUUGAUGACCAAGGACAUGUUGGAUGUGUUGUUGGAGUUGGCCAACAACUCGACUCUCGAGUACAAACUCGAAAGGCAUAACGUCAAAGCUUUGACUCAGGAUCUCUUAACCGGCGGAACCGAUUCCACGAGCAUCACUUUAGAAUGGGCAAUAUCAGAGAUGAUGAAAAACCCAAAGACCUUCAAGAAGGCGCACGAGGAGUUGGACCGUGUUAUCGGCCCCAACCGUUGGGUAAAAGAGAAGGACAUUCCAAAUCUUCCAUACAUAGAUGCUAUAACAAAAGAAACUAUGCGUAUGCAUCCCGUGGCUCCAAUGCUCGUACCGAGGGAGACUUUGGAGGAUUGCAUGGUUGCAGGCUACGACAUUCCUCGAGGAACUCGAGUCCUAGUGAGCGUGUGGAGCAUAAUGCGAGAUCCAACAUUGUGGGAUGAACCAAACCAGUUUAACCCAGAUAGGUUCAUUGGGAAGGUGAUUGACGUGAAAGGGCGUGAUUUUGAGCUUCUGCCAUUUGGGGCGGGUAGACGAAUUUGCCCUGGGUAUAAUUUAGGGCUAAAGGUGAUCCAGACUAGCCUAGCUAACCUAUUGCAUGGAUAUACAUGGAGUUUUCCUAAAGGAAUGAGCACGAAAGAUUUGAACAUGGAUGAGAUAUUUGGCCUUACAACUAAAAAGAAAAUCCCUCUAGAAGUCGUGGUUGAGCCUAGGCUUCCACAUAUUUUGUAUCAAAUGAUUGCAAACAAAUAAUUAAUAAUAGGGUUUCAGAGACGCAUCUAUAUAUAUAUUAUGGGAUUGCAAAAAUGU